AUGGAAACACCGGGGCCCGCGAACACUGAUCCCUCCGAGAGACUCCGUGAUCGAGAGCCUCAAACUGGACUGGGUUCAUUGCCAACCAGGGGUCAUCUGUCUCUCACCACGAAGAUCACCUUCUGCGUCGUCAGCUUGGAUUUCUGCAAGUUGACAUCACCGGAAUUCUACCAUCCGCCGUCCUCGUACCCCCAGAUCUCAACUCAGCCUUACACCGGUCCCUUGAUCCAGGACAUCCGCGGGGGAACUCAAGUCCGAUCCACAUUCCAGGGCGAUUUUGGAUUCUGGUGUGGGCCCAUCUUUACACGUGAAUUGAGCCUCCCGGAUGGUUCGGCCCAUUCCAAAAAAUUGCGCGCUUUCCUCGUAUCGGCCUCGUCCUCCACGUCUGCCUGA